AUAGCAAUCCAUUAAGAAGAAGAAAUUAAUAUAUUAAGAUGAAAAAAAGCAAAGUGUUGAUUGUAGGAGGAACAGGGUACCUUGGGAAGAGAUUAGUGAAAGCUAGUUUAGCAAAUGGUAAUGAAACCUACAUUUUGCAUCGUCCAGAAAUUGGAGUUGAUAUUGAGAAAGUUGAAUUGCUUAUUUCUUUUAAGAUGCAAGGAGCUCAUCUUGUUUCUGCUUCUUUUAACGAUCAUCGGAGCCUCGUCGACGCCGUUAAACUCGUCGAUGUUGUCAUCUGUGCAAUCUCCGGCGUCCACAUUCGUAGCCAUCAUAUCUUACUUCAGCUCAAGCUUGUGGAUGCCAUCAAAGAAGCUGGAAAUAUCAAGAGAUUUUUGCCAUCUGAGUUUGGAACGGAUCCAGCAAGAAUGGAAAAUGGAAUGGAGCCAGGUAGAGUGACAUUUGAUGAUAAAAUGGUGGUGAGAAAAGCCAUAGAAGAAGCUCCCAUUCCUUACACUUACGUCUCUGCUAACUGCUUUGCUGGUUACUUCCUCGGCGGUCUUUAUCAAAUUGGCCACAUUCUUCCUUCUACUGAUUCUGUUGUUUUUCUCGGAGAUGGCAACCAGAAAGCAAUUUGUGUGGACGAAGAUGAUAUAGCAACAUAUACAAUAAAGAGCAUAGAUGAUUCAAGAACACUCAAUAAGACAGUUUACCUUAGGCCUCCUAAAAACAUACUUUCCCAAAGAGAGGUUGUUCAUAUUUGGGAAAAGCUCAUUGGUAAGGAGCUUAAAAAAUCAACUCUUACCAAAGAAGAAUUUUUGGCUCCUAUGAAGGAGCUUGAAUAUGCAGAACAAGUAGGAAUGUGUCACUAUUAUCACGUUUGCUAUGAAGGAUGCCUUGUUAAUUUUGAAAUAGGAGAAGGAGGAGUAGAGGCAUCCAAACUCUAUCCAGAGGUUAACUACACUACAGCCCAAGACUACUUGAAGCGUUACGCCCAAGUCUAUAAGCAUCAUGUGUUGUAAUUCUUAGUUCUAAUUGGCUUUGUAAAAACAAAAAAUUGGUUCUGACUGGCUUUGUAAAAAAAAAUUAUUUUCGCUAUUAAUAUAUUAUUUUCUUUUAUCAG